UAAAACCAACCCACCUAAUUCAGUGACUCAGUCCUUACUUAGAUUCAAUUACAUAUUCAUCAAAACAAAGAAACUGCAUCCAAGUUUAGGACUUAUACUUCUCUCAAUGUCAAUGAAGCUCGCAAUUUGAUCAUAAAUUUUGUAUCUUUUCAAUCAGAAUAAUCACAAUGAGUGAUUGGAGAAACUGGUACCAAGAGGUUGCGAAUUCGAAGCCAUUGUUCAAAACGAUCUACACAACUGUGAUUAUCGGGAUAUUAGUUUCUGCCUUUUAUGUUUUCUCCGCCAUUAACUCCUCUAAGUCACCCACCACUGCCUCCUUCACAAGUUGGCUUUCUUCUCCUUCUCCUGGUUCCUAUGUAGAUUCUUCUCACUUAAGUCUAACACCCAAUUUUUCCCGUACAACAAUGGCAAUGGGUGCAAUACCACCACCUGUAUCUCAACCUCAAAGCAAAUUGACAACGCCUAUAUGGGAGGUUCCAAAAACCAAAAAAAUGCCACCUCUGAAGACCUUUCGGCUGACAAAAGAACUCAUUGAACAAAGGGCAGAAGAUAAUGUCAUAAUAAUGACUUUUGGUAACUAUGCAUUCAUGGAUUUCAUCCUGACUUGGGUUAAACACUUGACAGAUUUGGGCCUCUCAAAUCUCAUCGUUGGUGCUAUGGAUACCAAACUGGUGGAGGCUUUGUAUUGGAAAGGUGUUCCAGUAUUUGAUAUGGGAAGCCAUAUGAGCACCCUAGAUGUUGGCUGGGGUUCACCAUCUUUUCAUAAAAUGGGCAGAGAGAAAGCAAUUCUGAUAGACUCAGUACUUCCUUUUGGUUUUGAGCUAUUGAUGUGUGAUACAGACAUGGUCUGGUUGAAGAAUCCACUUCCAUAUCUUGCUCGGUAUCCUGAUGCAGAUAUCUUAACCUCAAGCGAUAAUGUUGUACCAACAGUUGUUGAUGAUAGGUUGGACAUUUGGCAACAAGUUGGUGCAGCUUAUAAUGUAGGAAUUUUCCAUUGGCGGCCAACGGAGUCUGCAAAGAAAUUGGCUGAGGAAUGGAAACAAAUGCUUCUAGGUGAUGACACAAUAUGGGAUCAAAAUGGAUUUAAUGAUCUUGUUCGCAGGCAGUUAGGACCAUCUGUUAUUGGGGACAGUGAACUUGCUUAUGCUUAUGAUGGAAAUUUAAAGCUAGGUGUUCUGCCAGCAAGUAUAUUUUGUAGUGGGCAUACUUAUUUUGUCCAGGCCAUGUAUCAACAACUCAGGUUGGAGCCAUAUGCAGUACAAACUACAUUCCAGUAUGCAGGCACUGAUGGAAAGCGUCACCGACUGCGGGAAGGCAUGGUUUUUUAUGAUCCACCUGAAUAUUAUGAUUCACCUGGAGGUUUCUUGUCAUUUAAGCCAUCUAUUCCAAAGAGCAUGUUACUGGAUGGGGAGCAUAAUCUAGAAUCUCACUUAACUCUUAUGAAUUACCAAAUGAAACAAAUAAGGACUGCCCUGGCUAUUGCUUCAUUGUUGAAUCGUACACUGGUCAUGCCAAAACUUUGGUGCAGGUUGGAUAGGCUAUGGUUUGGACAUCCUGGGGUUCUGGUGGGGUCUAUGACUAGACAACCUUUUGUCUGUCCUUUGGACCAUGUAUUUGAGAUAAAUGUGAUGCUGCAGGAGAUGCCAGUGGAGGAUUUUGGCCCUGGCAUUGGUAUUAGAGAGUAUUCGUUUUUUGACAAUCCAUCGGUGCCAAAACAGGUGAAAGAGUCAUGGCUUGAAGUUCAUCUUUGUCAAGACGGAGUAGAUGAUUGUCAUGCAUCAAACAAUACAACCCAGCCUGGAGUACUCAGAUUUCCAAGACUUAGCAGUGAAGAAACGUUCAAGACAGUUUUCUCCUCUUUCAAGGAUGUCAAAGUCGUUCAGUUUUCUUCGAUGCAAGAUGCUUUCAUAGGUUUCACUGACAAGACAAGAGACAAGAAAUUCAGGAAUCGUGUCAAACGGUAUGUUGGCAUAUGGUGCUGUGUGGAGAACCAGACCCCUGGACACAUAUAUUAUGACAUGUACUGGGACGAGAAACCUGGGUGGAAACCAGUCCCACCUCAAAAGUCAGACGAUGAUCACCCGCCUUGGUGAGGCCUAACAUCAUGAGGAUAUUGAUAAGAUUUUCUAUCAC